CUCGGUCUGUGGCAGCCGCGUUAUCCCGUCUCCGAGAGCGGAGAGCGAGGGGAGGCGGAGACGGAGGACGGUGCGAGGAGCAGCUCCAGUCCCCGCCGAGCCGCCACCGCAGGCCGAGGACGGUCGGACUCCCGCGGCGGGAGCAGCCUGUUCCCCUGAGGGUAUCUGAAGUACACCAUUCAGCGGUCUUCGAAAAUUCUGCGUGGACAAUGGCAACCCAAGCUGAUUUGAUGGAGCUGGACAUGGCCAUGGAGCCAGACAGAAAAGCAGCUGUUAGUCAUUGGCAGCAGCAGUCUUACCUGGACUCUGGAAUCCAUUCUGGUGCCACCACCACAGCGCCUUCUCUGAGUGGUAAAGGCAAUCCUGAGGAAGAGGACGUGGAUACCACCCAGCAAGUCCUGUACGAAUGGGAACAGGGGUUUUCGCAGUCCUUCACUCAAGAGCAAGUGGCUGACAUUGAUGGGCAGUACGCGAUGACUCGAGCUCAGAGGGUACGCGCGGCUAUGUUCCCUGAGACACUAGAUGAGGGCAUGCAGAUCCCGUCUACACAGUUUGAUGCCGCUCAUCCCACUAAUGUCCAGCGUUUGGCUGAACCAUCACAGAUGCUAAAACAUGCAGUUGUCAAUUUGAUUAACUAUCAAGAUGAUGCAGAACUUGCCACACGUGCAAUCCCUGAACUGACCAAGCUGCUAAAUGACGAGGACCAGGUGGUGGUUAAUAAGGCUGCAGUUAUGGUCCAUCAACUUUCUAAAAAGGAAGCUUCCAGACACGCCAUCAUGCGUUCCCCUCAGAUGGUGUCUGCUAUUGUACGUACCAUGCAGAAUACAAAUGAUGUGGAAACAGCUCGCUGUACUGCUGGGACCUUGCACAAUCUGUCCCACCAUCGUGAGGGCUUGCUGGCCAUCUUUAAGUCUGGGGGCAUUCCUGCCCUGGUGAAGAUGCUUGGUUCACCGGUGGAUUCCGUAUUGUUUUAUGCCAUUACAACUCUCCACAACCUUUUAUUGCAUCAAGAAGGAGCUAAAAUGGCAGUGCGUUUGGCUGGCGGGCUGCAGAAAAUGGUUGCCUUGCUCAAUAAAACAAAUGUUAAAUUCUUGGCUAUUACAACAGACUGCCUUCAGAUUUUAGCUUACGGCAAUCAAGAAAGCAAGCUGAUCAUUCUGGCGAGUGGGGGACCUCAAGCUUUAGUGAACAUAAUGAGGACCUACACUUACGAGAAACUGCUGUGGACCACGAGCAGAGUGCUGAAGGUGCUGUCGGUCUGCUCCAGCAAUAAGCCGGCUAUUGUAGAGGCGGGUGGAAUGCAAGCGUUAGGACUUCACCUGACAGAUCCAAGUCAGCGUCUCGUUCAGAACUGUCUUUGGACUCUUAGGAAUCUUUCAGAUGCUGCAACUAAACAGGAAGGGAUGGAAGGUCUGCUUGGGACCCUUGUUCAGCUGCUGGGCUCAGAUGAUAUCAACGUGGUCACCUGUGCAGCCGGAAUUCUGUCUAAUCUCACUUGCAAUAAUUAUAAGAACAAGAUGAUGGUGUGCCAAGUCGGUGGUAUAGAGGCGCUGGUGCGUACUGUCCUUCGUGCUGGUGACAGGGAGGACAUCACUGAGCCUGCCAUCUGUGCCCUUCGUCAUCUGACCAGCCGACACCAGGAAGCAGAGAUGGCCCAGAAUGCCGUUCGCCUCCACUAUGGACUGCCGGUUGUGGUUAAACUCCUACACCCACCAUCCCAUUGGCCUCUGAUAAAGGCUACCGUUGGAUUGAUUCGAAAUCUUGCCCUUUGUCCAGCAAAUCAUGCACCUCUGCGUGAGCAGGGUGCCAUCCCACGGCUAGUUCAGCUGCUGGUUCGUGCACAUCAGGAUACCCAGCGCCGUACAUCUAUGGGCGGAACCCAGCAGCAGUUUGUGGAGGGCGUCCGCAUGGAAGAAAUAGUCGAAGGUUGUACUGGAGCCCUGCACAUCCUCGCUCGGGAUGUUCACAACCGAAUUGUAAUCAGAGGACUCAACACCAUUCCAUUGUUUGUGCAGCUGCUUUAUUCUCCCAUUGAAAAUAUCCAAAGAGUAGCAGCAGGGGUCCUCUGUGAACUGGCUCAGGAUAAGGAGGCUGCAGAAGCCAUUGAAGCCGAGGGAGCCACAGCCCCUCUCACGGAGUUGCUUCACUCGAGGAAUGAAGGUGUGGCAACAUACGCAGCUGCUGUUCUGUUCCGAAUGUCUGAGGACAAACCACAGGAUUAUAAGAAACGGCUUUCUGUUGAGCUGACCAGUUCUCUCUUCAGAACGGAGCCCAUGGCUUGGAAUGAGACCGCUGACCUUGGACUUGAUAUCGGCGCCCAGGGAGAGCCCCUUGGAUAUCGCCAGGAUGAUCCCAGCUAUCGUUCUUUUCACUCUGGUGGAUACGGCCAAGAUGCCUUGGGUAUGGACCCCAUGAUGGAGCAUGAGAUGGGUGGCCACCACCCUGGUGCUGACUAUCCAGUUGAUGGGCUGCCAGACCUGGGGCACGCCCAGGACCUCAUGGAUGGGCUGCCACCAGGUGACAGCAAUCAGCUGGCCUGGUUUGAUACUGACCUGUAAAUCAUCCUUUAGCUGUAUUGUCUGAACUUGCAUUGUGAUUGGCCUGUAGAGUUGCUGAGAGGGCUCGAGGGGUGGGCUGGUAUCUCAGAAAGUGCCUGACACACUAACCAAGCUGAGUUUCCUAUGGGAACAAUUGAAGUAAACUUUUUGUUCUGGUCCUUUUUGGUCGAGGAGUAACAAUACAAAUGGAUUUUGGGAGUGACUCAAGAAGUGAAGAAUGCACAAGAAUGGAUCACAAGAUGGAAUUUAUCAAACGCUAGCCUUGCUUGUUAAAAAUUUUUUUUUUAAUAUCUGUAAUGGUACUGACUUUGCUUGCUUUGAAGUAGCUCUUUAAUUUUUUUUGCAGUAACUGUUAGUUUUUUAAGUCUUGUAGUGUUAAGUUAUAGUGAAUACUGCUGCAGCAAUUUCUAAUUUUUAAGAAUUGAGUAAUGGUGUAGAACACUAAUUCAUAAUCACUCUAAUUGUAAUCUGAAUAAAGUGUAACAUUGUGUAGCCUUUUUGUAUAAAAUAGACAAAUAGAAAUGGUCCAAUUAGUUUCCUUUUUAAUAUGCUUAAAAUAAGCAGGUGGAUCUAUUUCAUGUUUUUGAUCAAAAACUUUAUUUGGGAUAUGUAUGGGUAGGGUAAAUCAGUAAGAGGUGUUAUUUGGAACCUUGUUUUGGACAGUUUACCAGUUGCCUUUUAUCCCAAAGUUGUUGUAACCUGCUGUGAUACGAUGCUUCAAGAGAAAAUGCGGUUAUAAAAAUGGUUCAGAAUUAAACUUUUAA